GAGCUGGCCAACCAAAAGCGGGAGACGGCAUUCCAGAGAAUGUCCAUCCAAGGGCGGCUUGACGAGACUCAGAGGAUGAUGAAGGAUCACCUCUCGGAAACGCAGCGCCAGUUGGAGGGCACACGUGAGAACUUGCCCGAUUCACCGCUCUGCGGCCUGAUGUCUUCGCUGAAAGAGGCGAGGAACCAAGCAGAAGCCUUGUCUGCGAAGAGGCUUGACAUGGAGGCGCAAGCCAAAGAGCUUGAAAAGGAGGUGUCCGACCUACAAGGAUCUCGGAAGCUGGAUCCAUCAGCUGUGGAGCAAGAGCACCAUGAGUCUUUGCAGAAGGAGCUUAUCGGCGUCCGAGAUGAUCUGGAAGCGGCCAGAAGUCGGCUGAAGCAUCGGGGCAAAAAUUUGCCCGGAGAAGCCCCGAGUCUCCUUGGAGCCAUGGCUGACGGCUUCAGAGGGCAGGACCAAAGCUAUGGCUCGGAGGAAACCUCAGAGGUUCGUCAGAGUGCUGGGAGCAAGACCAAUUCGAUGCGCAGCAUUGCCAAGCAGAGCUCGGAAGACCCUGGUGAAAAAUCGAGGCGGGUCCGGGCCUCCGUCAUCGCAGGGGACUUUAUCAAAGCAGAAGACGUGGACUCUUCGGCGGAGGAAGCGCCAACAGAGAACAAAAGGGCGAUAAUCACGAAGGUGCAGUCAUUUUCUAUGUGGUUCGUGACGAACUACUACGUGGGAAACAUCAUGGCUGGUGUUGUCUUGGUUGAUGCCGUUUGUACAUGGGUAGACAUUGAUGCGCGUGCAGCCGGCCUCAGUUAUCCACCGCGGUUCUUCAUGGUGUUCUCCGACAUUAGCUUGGCACUCUACAGCACUGAAGUCUUGCUACUCCUCAUCGGAAAAGGCUUUUGCGGUGUGCUCGUUGAUUGGAUGGCGCUUCUCGAUGUGACAAUAGUUCUUUGCGGCUAUCUGGAGGUUGUGCUGAAUGCCGUGGCCCCUGCGGACGUGACGAACAGCCUGAGUGUCAUGCGCGCUUUGCGAUUGGCCCGUAUCUUCCGCUUGUUGCGCCUCUUCAAGAGAAUCCGCGCUUUGCGUGAGCUCCAGAAAUUAGUUACGAUGAUGGCUACGUGCCUCCGGACUCUGGUCUGGUCAUUCCUGCUUUGCUUCGUGAUCAUGUUGAUCUGGGCCAUGCUUUUGGUUGAGGUGGUGCACCCCAUCAUUCAGGAUAUGGUUGAAGAUGGGCACGAGAUCAUUAGCAAUUGUCCAUACUGCAGGACGUCCACAAGCUCAGUAAUGGAGGCUGCCCUUCUACUCUUCAAGACAGUGAUUGCCGGAGAUAGCUGGGGUCAGGUGGCCGUUCCAGUCAUACUUCGGAAUCCCGAGACGGCAUUCAUCUUCGUCGGCUCCCUGUUGUCGCUGGUGUUUGGCGUGUUGAACAUCAUCGUGGCAGUCGUCGUCGACACCUUUGCGGAGGCCAGGCAGAAUGACAUUUUGAACCUUGCCGAAGAAAUGGAGCAAGACAUUGAGAAGGAUCGAGAGGCCCUCGGAAAACUCUUUGCGAGGAUUGACAAGGAUGGCAGCGGGCAGCUUUCGCUGGACGAGCUGAUUCGGGGUGCUCGCCGUGAUCCAGUUUUCCAGAGCCGGCUCAGAGUAAUGGACAUCGACGAGAAUGACCUGCAGCAGCUCUUCAGCAUGAUCGACGUGGACAACAACGGCACGAUCGAAGUGGGAGAGUUUAUUGGACCUUUGAGCAGAUGGGUUCAUGACUCCAAGACCGCACCCAGGUUCAUCAAGUACAACAUGCUGCAGACGAUGCAGUUGCAAGAAGACCUCUACAGCUUAUCCAAGCACUAUUUCGGCCACUUGGCUGAGCGGAUCGAUACCUUGGCAGCGCAGAUGAGCAUCAUUCGCAGCGGCGUACCCUCUGAUUCUCGGCAGUCAUCUGUGAUGCAAUCGCAGUCCUUGGGCAUGGCCAGAUUCCGACAAGCUACAGAAUACGAUGAGGAAAUCAACGUUGAGCAGCCUCAUAGCUCCAGAAAGGCAGAGACGCUUUGCCUUGCAUACUCCUCCCCGUCAGAAGCGACAGUGACAACAAGCGAAGUGAUCACUGACUCAUGCGACGACCAGCUGGGCGACCUUCGACACAAGGGCGCUCACACGGAUGGAGCAGUUGAGGCUCUCAUAGAUGCUGCGGUUAUCAAAAUCGAAUACGGAAUGAUUGAAAUGGAGGGCAGGUUGAAACGAGCACUAGCAGGAAUUCCAGCCGAUGGCCUUACUCCUCCUGCAAGAGCUUCAAACCCCACAUCCUCGCAGGACAUGAAGGCUUUUCGAAAAGAUGACAUCUUCAGGUCCGUGUAUGGAGACACCCGCGUUCGAACAUCCAGAAAAGUGGCCACAGCUUCAGUAGUCCAAAUGACCUUCGGCGACGGCCCAACGGCUGCAGCCGUGCGCAGAAAGAAUUCCGGCGAGCUCGGUCUGCAGCACAUAAUGACAGCGACUUGA